AUGAUGGUUUUUCUCUCGGCUGUUGUCAGCGAUUUUAUCGAAGAAGGGCUUGAAAGCGAGGUGUGGCGCGCUUUUGAUUUGGAUGCGAACAAGUACGUGGCGUGCAAAAUCCAUCAUGUAAAUAAGGAAUGGAAAGAGGACAAAAAGGCAAAUUAUGUGAAGCACGCGAUGCGUGAGAAGGAUAUCCAUAAGACAUUGGACCACCCACGAAUUGUUCGCUUGUUCGAUUUGUUCACCAUCGACAAUCACUCGUUCUGCACCGUGCUAGAGUACUGUGACGGCAAUGAUCUCGACUUUUAUUUGAAGCAGAACAAGCAGAUUCCGGAAAAGGAAGCACGCUCUAUCAUUAUGCAGGUUGUAUCGGCUUUGCGUUAUUUGGCGGAGAAGCGCCCCCCAAUAAUUCAUUACGAUUUGAAACCAGCCAAUAUCUUGCUGCAGUCGGGUACCACAAGCGGUGCAAUAAAAAUCACCGAUUUUGGCUUAAGCAAAAUUGUAGAUGAUGGUGACUCAAUCGAACUUACGUCGCAGGGAGCUGGAACAUACUGGUUUGGGCUUUUGUUACUUUUCAGAAUUGUUUUUAUGCAUUCUGCGCUGUGUAACAGCAUUACAAAACGCAUUUUGUCACGGGGUUGUCUGUGUUUGUGUGUCCCACAUUUUGUUCCGCACUUUCAACUCGGGAACCACAGAAGCUAG